CCCAAGUACCACGGAGGGAAAUGCUUGCGCGUGCAUGGCAACUGUUAAAGAGCCUCGUGUAUUACUUCGUCUGUGGUCCGUCGGCUGAUCAUCAGCACGAGCCUGACGCGAGACUAAUGUACCCCUAUGACGGUUAUGAUGUUGAGGCUGCGCACCACAUAAUACAAAACCAAGCAGUUCCGCCGGCCGCUGAGCUAAGAAGAAGAAACCUUAACCCAUUCUCUGUCAGCAGUGUCGUGGUACAGACUGAUCAGGAGAAACAAAGACGGCAAGCGGUUAACGAUUGGAUGAAACAAGUUGGAGAUGCUCUUGCUGUCCCUCAAUCACUCACUCGUUUAGCCUAUUUCGCUGAAAUUACUCUAUGGACAACACUCCUCCUGCACAGGCCUUUAUGCCCCACAAGUCUUGCUCCGACUCGAGAACUGGUUGCCAAGGUCAUCGAGAUGAUCUUAGGAUUCCUGGCAGUUUCCUAUACUCACUGUUGCAUUGUGUCCCACCACUCAGUGACCACAACCGCAUUGCAUAUAUCCAAGAGGUCAGAGCGUGCAAUGGCGAACAUGUUUGCCAUUAUGACAUGCGGAUGGAUGAUAUGUUACACGUUUAACAUAUCAGCGUCACUUUAUCAUAACUGGAUAUGGGCUAUCACUGUACCCUUUGUUCUGACCAAUAUAAACAACACUCGUAUCUACGGUUACAAGGGUGUGAUGACAGAGGCCAGAAUUCUUCAUAUUUAAGCAUUUUGUAUCUUAGCCUCAUGGCUUUUGGAUAUAUUUACAUAUUAGCAUGCAGGAUUUUAUGAACAGAACAUGC